AUGUCCCUGCACGACGUGUCCCCCAUAACGUGUUUCCUAAGAUGCCCGUUCCCUCCCCUUUCCUCCACGUCUCAGGUUCCAGACUUGUCUCCCUCCUCCGUCCCGCAGGCGAGCGGUUCCGAGUCGGUGGGUGCCCCCUCCGCGGCCCCCUCCGCGGCCCCCUGUCCCGGGCCCCCGGUGCGGAUCGCUGUGGCCCAGAUGACCGCCGGCGGGGACCAGGCCGCCAACCUGAACACAUGUGCACGAUUGGCGAAGGAGGCGGUGGAGGCGGGCUGCCGCAUGCUGUUCCUUCCCGAGUGCUUCUCCUUCAUCGGGGAGAACCAGGGGGAGUCGGUGGCGGCAGCUCAACCACUGACUGGUCCUCUGAUGACUGCGUACCGGGAGCUUGCCAGGUCCCUGGGGUUGUGGAUGUCCCUAGGGGGUUUUCAGGAGGAGGGGCCCGACCCGCGACAUAUUUACAAUACUCACGUUGUGGUUGACUCCAACGGCGACCUGGCGGCUCGGUACCGCAAGAUCCACUUGUUCGAUGUGGACGUACCCAACGGCCCGGUGCUGAUGGAGAGUCGGAGUACCGCGCCCGGGAGCGAGGCAGUGGUUGUGGACACCCCCGCGGGCAGGCUGGGACUGACUACCUGCUACGACCUGCGCUUCCCGGAGCUGUUCGCACAUCUGACCUGGGAGCGGGGCGCGCAGAUCCUGGCGGUGCCCUCCGCCUUCACGGUGGUGACCGGAGCGGCCCACUGGGAGGUGCUGCUGCGGGCCCGAGCCAUCGAGUGCCAGUCGUACGUGGUGGCAGCCGCUCAGGCGGGCCGACACAACGCCCGGAGGGAGAGCUACGGCCACGCGCUGGUCGUGGACCCGUGGGGGACCGUGGUGGCGAGGCUGAGUGACCCCCGGGUCACUGGCAUUGCGGUGGCGGAUGUGGACUUGGGUCACCUGGGUCGUGUCCGGGAGAAGAUGCCUUGUCAGCUACACAGGGAGAAGGGGCGGACUGCGUACAUAAUGUGA